AUCAGUCAACGGAGGAGGAGGUUGUUGCAGCAGCAGCAGCAGCCUUGAGGCUGGGCGCUUUUGGUCCCUCCUGCAUCCCUGUUGCAGCUUUCUUUGGGCUCCAGCAGAGGCGAGCGCUGGAGACGAGACCGCUCUGGGUACCACUGGAGGGACAUCUCUGAUCAGCGAAAAGCAACAGCCCUCCCUCCCGUUGAACCGCUUCCUUCGCACGCCUGCCUCCUAAACGCUGGGACUUACACGGAUGGGUUUCCAGGAAGCCGCUUCAAGGUGCCUCUCCAGAAGACCUGCCCCACUUGGUUUUUCCCUGCCGGCUGGAGCGUCGUCGCAGUAUCGCCUGUUGGCUUGAGGGGCGACUCUCUCUGCACAGGAGCUGUCCGCCCUCCCUGAGUGCUGAACCCAGAAGACUUCCUCCCGAGUUCGUUCUGGGAGUGCUUCUCUUUGGCUCCCUUUAAUCUCGCCGCUUGAAGGCCUUUGCAAGCCAGGCCGGAGCCAUGGAUGAAGGUUUCAAAGACCGGACCGCCUUCAUUCGUGGAGCGAAAGACAUUGCCAAGGAAGUGAAGAAGCAUGCCACCAAGAAGGUGGGCAAAGGGGUGGACCGGGUGCAAGACGAGUACACGAAGCGCUCCUACUCCCGCUUCGAGGAAGAGGAUGACGAGGAUGACUACCAGCCUCAGGACGGAUACUACCGGGGGGAACCCUCCGUGGACGACGAGGGGGCCUCCAGCGACGCCACCGAGGGGCACGACGAGGACGACGAGAUCUACGAGGGGGAGUACCAGGGCAUUCCGCGCAACGACUCCCUCAAGGGCGGGGACCCUUUGGCGGCCCACCAGGAGGUGGUGAGCGAGUUCAGGGACUUUGAGGACCUGACGGGCGACCGGAAGAAGGAGAAGGAGGAGCUGGCCCAGCAGUACGAGCUGAUCCUGCAGGAGUGCGGGCACGGGAAGUUCCAGUGGACGCUGUACUUUGUGCUCGGACUGGCGCUCAUGGCCGACGGGGUGGAGAUCUUUGUGGUGGGCUUCGUCCUUCCCAGCGCAGAGAAGGACAUGUGCUUGUCGGACUCCAACAAAGGCAUGCUGGGCCUCAUCGUCUACCUGGGAAUGAUGGUCGGGGCCUUCGUGUGGGGUGGCCUGGCGGACCGUCUCGGGCGCAGGCAGUGCCUCCUGAUGUCCCUCUCCGUGAACAGCGUCUUCGCCUUCUUCUCCUCCUUCGUGCAGGGAUACGGCACGUUCCUCUUCUGCCGGCUGCUCUCGGGCGUGGGUAUCGGGGGCUCGAUCCCCAUUGUCUUCUCCUACUACUCAGAAUUCCUGGCACAGGAAAAGCGUGGGGAGCAUCUCAGCUGGCUCUGCAUGUUCUGGAUGAUCGGGGGCAUCUACGCAUCCGCCAUGGCUUGGGCCAUCAUCCCCCAUUACGGAUGGAGUUUCCAGAUGGGCUCGGCCUACCAGUUCCACAGCUGGCGGGUCUUUGUUCUGGUUUGUGCUUUCCCUUCUGUCUUCGCCAUCGGCGCCCUCACCACCAUGCCGGAGAGCCCUCGCUUUUUCCUGGAGAACGGGAAACACGACGAGGCCUGGAUGGUGUUGAAGCAGGUGCACGACACCAACAUGAGAGCCAAGGGCCACCCUGAGCGGGUCUUCUCGGUGACCCAUAUUAAAACUAUCAAGCAGGAGGAUGAACUGGUCGAGAUCCAGUCCGACACAGGGACCUGGUACCGACGCUGGAUGGUCCGCUUCUUGAACCUUUCGCAACAGGUCUGGGCAAAUUUUCACCAGUGCUUUGCCCCUGAGUAUCGCCGGGUGACGCUAAUGAUGAUGGCCGUGUGGUUCACCAUGUCCUUCAGCUACUACGGCUUGACCGUCUGGUUCCCAGAUAUGAUCAAACACCUCCAGAACAUCGAGUAUGCCUCCCGCACAAAAGUGUUCAUUGACGAGACCGUCCGGCACAUUACCUUCAACUUCACCUUGGAGAACCAGAUCCACAGCCGCGGGGAGUACUUCAACGACAAAUUCAUUGGCCUCAAGAUGAAGUCUGUUUCCUUCGUUGACUCCUUGUUUGAGGAGUGCUAUUUUGAGGAUAUAACAUCCAGCAAUACGUUCUUCAAGAACUGCACUUUCAUCGCCUCCGUCUUCUACAACACAGAUCUCUUUGAAUACAAGUUCAUCAACUGCCGGAUCGUCAACAGCACUUUUCUGCACAACAAGGAAGGCUGCCAGCUGGACUUCAGCGACGACAACAACGCCUACAUGAUCUACUUUGUGAGCUUCCUCGGCACCCUGGCUGUGCUCCCCGGGAACAUCGUCUCGGCGCUCCUGAUGGACAAGAUUGGGCGCCUCCGGAUGCUGGCCGGGUCGAGCGUCAUGUCUUGCGUGAGCUGCUUCUUCCUGUCCUUCGGCAACAGCGAGUCCGCCAUGAUCGCCCUCCUCUGCCUCUUUGGUGGGGUCAGCAUAGCUUCGUGGAACGCCCUGGACGUCCUGACGGUAGAGCUGUACCCCUCGGAUCGGAGGACGACUGCUUUUGGAUUCCUUAAUGCCUUGUGCAAGCUGGCAGCUGUUCUGGGGAUCAGCAUCUUCACCUCCUUUGUGGGCAUCACCAAAGCUGUGCCCAUCCUCCUGGCGUCGGCAGCCCUGGCGGUGGGCAGCUCGCUGGCCCUCAAACUGCCGGAGACGCGGGGCCAGGUCCUGCAGUGAGUGCACGAGAGAGAGACACAGAGAGAGAUUUGCACUCGGGCCCUCUUUCCACCCCCUGCCCCAUCCUACGUGGGGAAGAUUUAGCGUUGUAGGCACUGUGACCGUCUUGUUGUAUCAUUUCAACAGGGGGAGAAAAAAUCUGUCUUGGGUUUUGUUUUCCCCCCACAAACCCACUCCCUCCUCAGAUCCCCUACCUCUCCUCCUCCCACCACCCCCCAGCUCCCUCCCAUGGUGUUGGUGUGUUUGUGAAUCCACUCCCACGAGGAGAGGCAGGGGAAACUGAGGAAGAGCAAGGAGGCGGCUUUCUCUCUCUGCUCACAUAAAUGCAGGGGCCAGAAGGCCAGUUGUCCAUGUGGGGGGGGGGAGGGAGAGAGGUUUAGAGACCCUCCUCCCAAACCAUGGCAUUUCAGGGUGUGACCCCCUAAUUGGCCGAACCAAGCUGGGGGUCCAAAUAGCUGGUAGAGGGAGUCUUCUAAAUGUAUUACACCAACGUGUAAGCUCGUAAAACAUCUCACAGUUCUUGGGUGUGUAAAAUAUUCCAAACGACCCCGUAUCCCCUCUUCUUGUUUUUUGUGAGAUUCGCAAGAGGCACACUCUAUCUCUACGUGUGUGCGCAUGUGUGUAUGUGUACAGAUCAAUGCAAAACCACUGCUGGUUGUCAAUCCCACUCUCUGUGUACAGGGAAGAAGAAACAAUAAGAAAACCACCAGGUCCCAACCUUAGCAUCUGUUCUUGGGUGUUAAAAACAUAACCCAAACCAACCCUAGUGUCCGUUCAGGUGUAAACAUUGUCGUUUUAGCGUGACGCUUCCGGAUUUCAGGUGGGAUUUCUCGCUGCACUGUUGGGAACGGGUUGGGCUGCUGGCCGAGGGCGAAGCAGAACUUGGGAUUUCUGGGGUGACGUAAGCCGGCUCUCUGUGCGUUCCUUCCUUCAUUACGCUUGGGGUCUGUCCAUCACCUCUACCUGACAUUCGUGGCCUUUGUCUGUGGAAACUCCCCAGGCUGGAUUUGUUUGUUUGUUUUUUGGCAAAAAUACGAUGUUGCAUUUUCCUGUGGGCAGUCCAACUUCCUGAUUCAAUACCUCAGCGCCGAAAUAAGUGUGCAAGUGCACACGCACACACAGAGAGGCAUCUGCCCCCUUACUUAGUCAGGCUUGGAGCUUAUUUCCAGAGCAGCUCACUGAUUCCAGUGGGGUUCUGGCCUUUCUGUGCAGGAAAUACAUGUGGGUUUUUGAAAAUCCCAUUAACAAAAUGGAUUUCUUUCCUCGUAGGAAGGGUAGGCAAUGUACAACCCUCCAGAUUACAGCUCCCAUCACUCCUCACCACUGUUUGCGCUGACUGUAGAACCGACCUAAAGUGCGCCCAUUUUCUGUUUAUUAAGGAUCCUGCUUCAAACCCUGGCCAGCCAGGUUUCUGUCAGUUGGAAAAAUGUAUUUCCAUGUGAAAUUGUCUCCAGCUGCUUAGCAGGGGAAUCCCUAAACCUUCACAUUCUUUUCCUUUCCAAUUUAAUGAAUUAAGCACCAUCCAGAGAGAGGGUCAGCCAAACCCCACUUCUUUGUGUUCGUAAAAAUUAAGAGCAGGGUGCACCUUCCUUCAAACCCUCAAGGCCCGCCAUUGGGAACGAGGGCCUCUUUAACGGGCCAUCUCCUCGGAAAGAAACAGAUCCCGUGUCUGGUGGAACUUGGCAAGAGUCCGAAAGGAUCAAACAAAGCACAACACCGCGAAAGCCCAGCUUUUGAUUCCUUGUUCCUUCCUUCCUGAAUUCAUGUCCCUCUGUCCAUCCUUAACAGUGUAGCUGGUAUUUUAAAACAAACAAACAAAAAACCAACCACAUACAAACCAUACAUAGUUCUGUCUGUAUGCAAAACUAAACAAAAAAAAACUUGUGCUGUGGUGUAGUUCUUAGAUGUUUGUAAAGACAACAAUUGAGAAAAACAAAUUAUCAGGACAAAAAAAGUCAUAACUUCAGCUGUGGUCUCUGGUUUGUUCCAUUUUGUAUGAAAAACAGAAGACAAGAAGGGUUAGAUGUGACACUUAUUUUAAAUGUCAUGUUGCGAAAAGGGGUGGGGGGGAGACAGACUCUGAAAAGGUGCUGUGAAUAACACUAGUAACGAUCGUGCUAAUUUAAUACAUUUUGGGAAAGGUUGCUAUGUGUUUUUUAGCUCAGCAGGAAAAGGCAGUACACACACAUUCUGUCCCCCUCCCUCCCAGCGUUAUGAACUCAUAGUCAAUAAAAAUCAAUGUAAAAAUGGGAAAAAUAAUAAACAUUGGAAAAUAAUAAUAACCGUCACAGCUUUAACUGCAGAUUUUUAAACAUUUUUUCCCCCUGUGGUAAAGAAGAAUGUUGCAAACAGUAAAUUUCAGUGACCGGAAAGUUGUGCGUCCUUCAUAAAGAACCACUUUUUCCUUCUGUGAAUCUGUGCAAUUUACUGAACUCUGCAAAAGUAAAGAAAAGCUCUGGGUGAAGCAGGGGUCGGGAAGGACUGGCCCUUCGCAUGUUUGCGAUCUCAACGCUGAGAAGCCCCCCUCGUCUGCGUGGCCCACGGAUCGCCAGGAGAGCGGGGCUGUUGUCCUGGGACAUCGGCUUUCCUCACUUGCCGGGCAGGUGGAAAUCUGAAAUAAACUGAUCGCGCGUUCCAAAAUGUGCAGGUUUGCAGGGGAUGGAGAGAUGCCCCUCUUUAUUUUAAGGACAGGAAGCAUGGCAGCAAGAACCCCGUCCUUGGAAGGAUCCCUGCUCUGGGGCUUGGUCGCCCACAAUCCCCAAAUUCAGGAGGCAGCGAGCGAGCGCACUCUCCCCCCCCUUUCAAGCAGAAGGGGGGACCCCCACCAGCGACUGCCCUCUCUGGACCUCGCCCUCCAUUCAGACUCGGUAAUUCACUGAUUCAAAGACUGGUGUUUGAAGUGGGAACAACCCCACCGCCAUCGCCAUCCAA